UCGGCAUUUUUUCUUUCUUUCUUUCUUUUUCGCAAGAGAAAGGGGCUUUAAUUGGAGGGCUGAGGCACCUUUGUAAAGGAUUAAUGGCUUCCAAGGCAAUGGCGGUUGCAGCAGAAAAAUUUGGAACGGCGGUCCGACGCCAAGCCGUGACCCUAACCGAUGCUGCUGCGUCGCGAAUACGCUCCUUGCUACAGCAGCGUCAGAGGCCAUUCCUGAAGCUUGGUGUCAAGGCUCGCGGUUGUAAUGGCUUGACAUACACCCUGAAUUAUGCAGAUGACAAGGGGAAAUUUGAUGAGUUGGUUGAGGAUAAGGGUGUGAAGAUAUUGAUUGAUCCAAAGGCUCUCAUGCAUGUUAUUGGGACGAAGAUGGAUUUUGUAGAUGACAAACUAAGAUCUGAGUUCAUUUUUAUAAAUCCGAACUCUAAAGGCCAGUGUGGUUGUGGUGAAUCUUUCAUGACGACAGCCAGUUCUGGAGCUUCUAAACCGGGAAAUAGUUGAAACUGCUAUUUAACUUUAGGGUUGAUCCACGCUUACGAAGCCACUCUUUCAUGACAGUUUUGUUGAACUUAAAGCUAAUUGCUUUUUUCCCAUCAAAGAAAAAAGCUGAUUGCUUUCUGUAAUUUUGUCAGAGAAUAAAGGAAACUGGAGGCUUAUGCACUGAACAACAGGACGCUGACAUGGCAUCAUUGUUUCAGCAUACAGAAUCCUUCGAACAUUGUGCUGAUAAGGCUUACCACAGCAGUCUGUACUAUCGUAUAAUUUGCUAGGUGAUUCUGGGUGUUGAUGUAAAGCUUUUUUGGUUUAUGAAACACUGUAUAAUAUGUAGCCAGUUAUGAAAAUAAUUUAAAUGAUUUUCAUGUUCAUUCAUUCUAA